GACACUUCAGAGAGAAGGGAAAAUUUCCAGAAUGGAUGACGAUCUUAUAGCAAUAGUGGGAAUUGGCUGCAGUUUUCCUGGAGGUGAAGGCAUUGAUAAUUUCUGGAAAGUCAUUGUCGAAGGAAGAAACUGUACAGUAGACAUCCCCAGUGAUAGGUUUGAUAAAAAAAAAUGGUAUGAUCCAGAUUAUAAUAAAGCAGGAAAAACGUGGACCUGUCGAGCAGCCCUCAUUGAAGGACUGGAUGAAUUUGAUAACAAGCUCUUUGGAAUUUCCAAUUCGGAGACUGUGAACAUGGAUCCACAGCACAAAUUACUUCUUGAAUGUACCUAUCGUGCAUUGGAAGACGCAGGCUAUCCAAUGGAGAGUGUCAGUGGAAGCAACACUGGGGUCUUUAUAGGUCUCAUGAACAGAGAUUGUGAAUCAAUAUUUAACGCUUAUCCGGCCGGAAUCAAUCAUUUUAAUGGCACAGGAACAUCAACAAGUUUAGCAGCAAACAGGAUAUCUUACUGCUUCAAUCUGACGGGACCAUCCCUGGCAAUAGACACUGCAUGCUCAUCCUCCCUUGUAGCUCUGCAUUACGCCUGUCAAGCCAUCAAGCAAGGAGACUGUGAGAUGGUGGUAUGCGGAGGUGUGAACUCUAUCAUGGAACCUCGUAUAUUUAUUGCUCUUUCCAAAGCAAAAAUGAUCUCUCCUGAUGGAACCAGCAAACCGUUUUCAAAAAAUGCAAAUGGAUAUGGAAGAGGGGAAGGAUGUGGAAUCGUUGUUCUAAAAAAACUGAAGAAGGCAAAAGAAGAUGGCAGCAAGAUUUGGGGAGUUAUAUGUGCCAGUGCGGUAAAUCAGGAUGGAAAAUCAGUGACACCAAUAACCAGACCAUCCCAAGACUUGCAGGAGGCUUUGCUGAAAACAAUCUAUUCUAUCAUUGACCCAUCUACAGUGCAGUAUGUGGAAGCUCAUGGCACUGGAACCCCUGUUGGAGAUCCUGUGGAAGCAGCCAGCAUUGGAAAAAUUAUUGGGAAAAAACGUCCUACUGGAUCACUUCUAAAGAUCGGCUCAGUUAAAGGAAAUAUCGGUCACACAGAGUCUGCUUCUGGAAUGGCUGGUUUAAUUAAAGUUCUCCUAAUGAUGCACCAUGAAGUGAUUCCUCCAUCAUUGCAUUAUUCCAAAGAAACAGGUAUUGCACAGGUGGAAGAAUCCAACUUAACAAUUCCAAUAACUCCAGAGACAUGGAAGGAAGAUAGGAAACUUGGUAGAAUAGCCAGCAUUAACAGCUUUGGAUUUGGAGGAACAAAUGUUCAUGCUGUGAUUAAGCAAGUAAAACAACACAGAUUAAAUGACUUUAAACAUUUAUCUCAAAGGCCUGUUGAAAUUUUUGUUGUAUCUGCAGCUUCCAGUAAAUCCCUUCAACUCACUAUUGAAGACACAAAACAGCAGUUAAACAAAGUGGACUCUUUGUCUUUUGAGAACUUGGUCUACACAUCUACCUGUAGAAGAAGCCACAAAAACUUCAAAUUUAGAAAAACAUUUCUGGCAUCAUCCUUAAAAGAUUUACAAGAACAACUUGCAUCGGCAAACACUGAAUCAUCUCCUGCACAAAAAAGCCCUGAAAUUGUGUUCGUGUUCUGUGGUAAUGGACUUCUAUAUAAAGGGAUGUGCAAGAUGUUACUGAGAUCAGAACCGGUAUUUAGAAAGAAAUGCAUUGAGAUAGAUGAGUUACUUCAGGUAUAUACAUCUCUUUCCAUGGUGAAGUUACUAGAGAAUGAGUUUGAUGAUUUCUCCAGACCAGACAUUGCACAGUUACUGCUCUUUACCAUUCAGACUUCAUUAGUGGCUCUACUGAGACAUUGGGGAGUCAAACCAGACACUAUCGUUGGACACUCAGUUGGAGAAGUUGCUGCCGCCCAUUGUUCUGGACUUCUUUCACUUCAGGAUGCUGUGAAAGUGAUUUAUUACAGGAGCACAUUGCAAUCCAAAGUCACUGGAGGGAAAAUGCUGGUAGUGAGCAAUAUACCUGUGACCGAAAUAUCAAAAGAUAUCAGGUCAUACGGACAAAUAAUAAACAUGGCCGCUUAUAACAGUCCUACCUCAUGCACAGUGUCUGGCGAUGCAGAAUUAAUAGUAAAGCUCCAUGAUCAAUUAAACCAACAGUACAGCAAAAGGAACAUAUUUCUACAUCAACUUGAUGUUCCUGCUGCAUAUCACAGCCACAUGAUGGAUCCUAUUUUAGCGGAGAUAGAAGACAAACUGCAAGAUUUGGAAGCACAAACACUUGAAACUGACAUUAUCUCCACAGUGACUGGAGUGAAAGCUUCUAAAGGGGAUUUUACAACUGGAGGAUACUGGGCUAGAAAUAUCCGUGAACCAGUUGCUUUUGAGCAAGCAAUAAAGUCUUCAAUUACUGGCAAACAAAAUGCAGUGUUUAUUGAAAUAGGGCCAAAGAGAGCUUUACAACGGAACAUCACUGAUGUUUUGGGUGAGAAAAAUAUCAUUUUGCCUGCAGUUCAUCCUAGUAAGGAAUAUGAGACAAUAUUUGCUGUCCUGGUUAAACUGUUCACAGAGGGAUACAAUCCUGACUGGUGUAGUAUUUAUGAAACAUAUAAAUCUCCACCAGCUGUUCUUCCCAGGUAUCAGUUUGACCAUGUUAAACAAGGUGUGGAUUUUGGCAAAAUACAAGAAGGAAAUAAGACCAUUGCAACAUCCAGUCAUCCUUUGAUCCACAAUGUUAGUCAAGACUUCACAGACUUUCAAUGCACUAUUUCUAAAGAAAACACACCUUAUGUCUAUGAGCACAAAUAUAAUGAAACUACACUUGUCCCUGGCACUUUUUAUAUAGAGCUUGGUUUGGCAGCUGCUAUGACCAGAUUGAAAUCUAAAAUGCCCUUGAGUUCCCUAAGUAUCAGUGUAAACUUCUCUAGUCCCUGUGUUGUUAAUCAAGACUCUCUAAACCUGAAUAUUAAACUUGAACAUGGAAAUAUAUUGACAGACUUUUCUAUCCAGUCUUCACAUGUUUAUGCGACAGGCCAAAUUCAGAAAAGCGGUGGAAUUUUAGAGGAGAAAAAAAUCUCCUUCCAGCACAUCCUGAAACGGUGUAAUUUAGUUUUGACCCAGGAAAAAGUUUACGAGUCACUGUCAAGGUUUGGAUUUCAGUAUGGGAAAGCAUUCAGACAACUAUCGGACAUACAUUACGGGGGAGAAUUAAUGGAAGGAAUUGCUAGAGUCACAGUGAGUGAAGAGAUUAUAGAAACAAUGUAUGAAUAUAAUGUGCAUCCUGUUGUUCUAGAUUGCUUUUUUCAAAUGGGAGUCAUUGCUGGGAUAGAAUUCAUACAAUCCUCGGCUCUUUUCCCUUCUCAGAUAGGAAAUAUGACUGUAUUCAGACCACUUCAAAAACAAAUGUUCAUCUAUUUAAAAACAGUCCAGAAAGCAGAGAACCAUGUCGUUCUCUGUGGAUGUUUUACUGAUGAAAAUGGCUGUGUUUUAAUUGAAAUCAAUCAAGCUAAAAUAUCAUUUAUACAGCAAGUAAUAAGCAAGCAGAAAAACAUUUUCUUCCACAAUAACUGGGUGACAUUGCCACCACAGUCACACAAAGGACUCCGCGUACCCAACAUCUUAGUGUUUGCUGACAACUCUGGAAUUGGACAAGAGUUAUCUAAAUACACUAAUGAUACUUUAAAAUAUGUGAUGUUUAACAACUGGGAAUUAGACAUAGACUUAACUAAAAUAUUUAACAGUAAGUUUACAGAGAUUUGGUUCAUGUGGGGAAUUCAUACUCCAAGUGAAGAGUAUCCAAACAAUCUCCCACAUUACUUAGCUAAGUGCUGUGAGAUGUAUCGACGAGUGAUCUUGGCUGUGAGACAACUAAAUUCUGGAGCUUCCAUAAGAACAGUCACCUUCCGAACAGCUGAACCCACCGUGGAUCACAUUAACCCUGGAUUUGCCCUGACUGGCAUGACUAGAACUUGUGCAACUGAGAUGCCUGACAUUACAUUUCAACUCAUUGACAUAAGUUCUUCAAACGUAGAAGACGUGAAAGCUCUAGCACGUGUUGCUUAUCAUUAUACACCUAGGACCCAUCCAGAAGUUUGGAUACAUAAGGGAGAAAUAUAUACAAGUGAAGUCACUCCUACUGAAAUAGACUUUGUAGAACAAAGGCAUCAUGCGGUAGCAUUAAAAAAGUCCGACAAUUUCACUUUGUAUACUGCCAAUCCAUACAUAAUAACUGAACUGUCUGCUGAACUAGACCAUUCUAAAGCCACCAAACUCACAGAUAAAUGUGUUGAGGUUCAAAUUGAUCAGAUAUGUUCACAUACUGACGAUUUCUUUCCUGUUAGUGCCUCAGGUUGGAAGUUCGGAAAUACUCUGUACUGGAGCACAUUGUCCACAGAAAUACAUAAACUCCUUGCUCUGGAUUUCACUGGUACUGUAACAGCUGUUGGAAAACAUGUAAAGAAGCUUAAAGUGGGGGAUCGGGUUGCUACAUGUUAUCCAACACUUGCGUCAUCCAAAGUGGGGCUCCCUGAGACUGUUUGCUGUUUAAUACAGAAGGUCCCAAUUCUAAAGAAGCUGCCUUGCAUUUCCCAAUUUAUUUUAGCGUGGGAAGUUUUACAUCAUCUGCUUCCACCAGCAAAAAAUAAGCCCAAGCUCAUCAUCAUCUCUACUGAAAAAAAAACAGUUCUAAGUAUGAUCCUUGUGAGUGCAGCAAAAGGUAGAGGCUGGGAACCAAUGGUAUCUCCAGUAAUUGAUAUAAAUGCCAAACAGUGCAGCGCCAUGAUUAUUCUGCCUCCAUCCAAAAACAUCUUAGAGGUAGACUUUUUGCAAUUAUCCCUACUUAAGGAUUUAAUUAUAAUAGCUGACCAGAAAAAUCCAGAAAGUUUCCAAUACCUGACCGAGCAUUGUAGCGAGAAUACACACAUUCACUUACUUAAUCCCGUUACCCUUUUCCAGAAAGCACAUUUAAAAAAGUUUGCCAAAGACAUAUACAAGUGGCUGCAGUCAACACACGUAGACUUGUCGGUAAAUCAUUCAAAGUCCAUGACCAUGUCUGCCAGCAGGCAUUGCCUUAAUGAUACAGAACCCAGUUACUUUACCAUGCAAAAUGUACCACUUAUUGAAAUUGAGAACAGCAACAUUACAUUUCCUGUCAAAGAGGAAACUCUUUUCAAGCAUGACGCUAUUUACAUAGUUGCAGGUGGGCUGACUGGCCUUGGAUUUGAAACAGUAAAGUUCAUUGCUCAAAAUGGUGGUGGGAAUAUCGUGAUUUUGUCCAGGAGACGCCCCACCCCUGAAAUGCAAGAAGAUAUAAAAAAGAUUCAGAAUGAACAGGUGAAUAUAAAAAUAAUGGCCAUUCCAUGUGAUAUAACCAGUUACUCGGAGGUAAUAAAGACAGUGAAUUCCAUUCUGAAAAUCUUUUCUAACAUUCCAAUUAAAGGUGUUUUUCACAGUGCUGUAGUUUUGCAUGAUGGGAUCCUAGAGAGCCUAAACUUAUCACUGUUUGAGAAGGUACUGAGUCCAAAGGUAGAUGGAGCAGUGAACCUACACCGUGCUACAAUUAAACAGGAGCUGGAUUAUUUUGUAUGUUAUUCAUCUGUUGCCUCAUUUUUGGGAAAUGCAGGACAAUCAAAUUACGCAGCUGCCAACUCAUUUCUAGAUGUCUUCUGUCAAUACAGGAGGAAUAUGGGACUUUCUGGACAAUCGAUCAGCUGGGGUGCCCUCAAAUUAGGGGUUUUACAGGAUCAAGACAACAUACAUGAAAUUCUGAAUGCAAAAGGAAUACUUCUUUUUGACCCAGAGGAGAUACACAGACAUCUUAAAAAAGCUCUAAGACUUAAUAAAUCCCUACAAGCUGUUAUCAAAUUUGAUUUUAAAGCCUUGUAUGAAAAACUUUUGUCUCGAAUUCCCACACUGAAGAAACGGCUAAUUCAGGUGAUAACUGAAGAAUCCAAGCAUCUUAAUGGCAAAAUCCAAGUUGACGAACCUUCCAAACAUACUAACAUGAAAUCAACCGAUUAUGUGAAGAUGUUGAUUAGUGAACUGACAAGUGCCAGUGCAAGUGAAAUUACAAUGAAUACUUUCUUAAGUUCUUUGGGAAUUGACUCAAUGUUGGGCAUGAGCUUACAGAGUCGCAUCUUGCACGAAAAGAACGUGAACAUACCUGUUGUACAACUACUUGAUCCCAGCACAACAAUCUCAGUGGUUGUAUCUCUGUUGAAUGAAAACACUUCUGAAGGAGAAGAUGUCACAACAAAUGUGCAAGAGGAAACUCAGUUCUAGGUAUCUGUGGCUACUAU